AUGGAUCAACCGGGUUCACAAGAUGACACCGAUACGCCGUCACAAAACGGUGACAGCGGCGAGAAUCCGUCGCCAAAUGGUGGUGAUAGUCACGAGAAUCCGUCUCCACAUGACCCUCCCCCAAACCCACACCCCAAUCCGCAUCCUAAUCCCAACCCGAUGCCGCACCCGAAUCCGCAUCCCCACCCAAAUCAACAUCCGAAGCCUGACCCGAAGCCCAAUCCGCAUCCGAAUCCACAUCCGAACCCACGUCCCAACCCGCAUCCACAUCCCAACGAUCCCUCCAACCCGGAGCCUCAGACUGGCAGCCAUCCAGGAGCGCAAAAUGGUGAUGUCAGCCAACCGGAACCGCUUGUCGGAUAUUCAAACUCGCGUCGCCAUCCCGGCGUCGUGCACGGCAAGGAGAAUCUUGGAAUACCGCUCCCGAAUCCGUUUCCAAAAGAUGAGAGGGAGUGGAGGAAGGAAGACCUUGUGGAAUACGAAUGCCAAAGCCUCUCCGCCGGUGUGGCUACCGACGAUCCGGACUGCGGCCCGGCUAAUUUUGAAUCGGAUUACGGCGUCUACACACGCUGCGGCUACAUGGUCCCAUAUAGCAGCUACUUGUACGAACAGAUCGAAGAUGGAAAAUAUAACGGGCCAGCUGAUAUGCAGGGACGCCCGAAGACUUGUGUCAGAGCAAUUAAAUGCCGAGAGGACGCCGACUGCCGCUUCUACGAGUGGGGCUGGAAUUUCGACUGGGCGAACUGUGACCAUAUGAUGAUAUGGGGCGCUGAUAAGGUUUAUAGGACGGUGAAGGUGUGCAACUUGCAGCUGCAGCUGAACAAGACCCUCCCACCACCCGGCUUCAUCCCGGCACCGAUACCAAAGCGUCCGGUCAACCCUAAACCACAUCAU